AUGGCCAAGAGCACCAAAGUGUUUAAGAAGACUAGCUCCAAUGGGAAGAUCUCCAUCUACCUGGGGAAACGGGACUUCGUGGACCAUGUGGACACAGUGGAACCCAUUGAUGGUGUAGUCCUAGUUGACCCUGAUUACUUACAAGGUCGCAAGAUGUUUGUCAUGUUGACCUGUGCCUUUCACUAUGGCCGCGAAGACUUGGAUACGAUUGGCCUGACAUUCCACAAAGAACUAUAUGUACAGGUCCAGCAAGUGGCUCCAGCUGACCCCACCAGUCCCCAGGUGCCCCUCACAGUCCUACAGGAGCGACUACUGCAAAAGCUGGGGGAAAAUGCCUACCCCUUUACCCUGCAAAUGGUGGCCAACCUGCCUUGUUCGAUGACCCUGCAGCCAGGUCCCGAGGAUUCAGGAAAGGCCUGUGGGAUUGACUUUGAAGUGAAGAGUUUCUGUGCUGAAAAUCUGGAGGAGAAAAUCCCCAAGGGAAACUCUGUGCGAUUGGUUGUCCGGAAAGUACAGUUUGCACCCCUGGAGCCAGGCCCCGGGCCCCGGGCUGAGACCACCCGUCGUUUCCUCCUGUCGGCUCAACCACUACAACUGCAGGCCUGGAUGGACAAGGAGGUUCACUACCAUGGCGAACCCAUCCCUGUCAAUGUUUCGAUCAACAACUGCACCAGCAAGGUCAUUAAAAAAAUCAAGAUUUCAGUGGACCAGAUUACAGAUGUUGUCCUGUAUUCCCUAGACAAGUACACCAAGACUGUGUUCAUUCAAGAGUUCACGGAGACCAUAGCUGCUAACUCCAGCUUUACCCAGAGUUUUGCAGUAACCCCACUCCUAGCUAACAACUGCCAGAAACAGGGUCUGGCAUUGGACGGCAAACUCAAGCAUGAAGAUACCAAUCUAGCCUCCAGCACAAUUCUUCGACCUGGAGUGAACAAGGAGCUGCUGGGGAUCCUGGUGUCCUACAAAGUCAGAGUCAGCCUGAUGGUGUCCUAUGGGGGCAUCCUAGGCGAUCUGACAGCCAGUGAUGUUGCUGUGGAGCUGCCUUUGAUCCUGAGCCAUCCAAAGCCAUCACACAAGGCUGCUAGUUCUGAGGACAUAGUCUUCGAGGAGUUUGCACAGCAGGAGCCCGGCGAGGAGGAAAGCCAGAAUUUGGCAGUGGGGGGAGAACAAAGGAGCUGA